CUACCUCCUACCGAGCUCAGCAGACGUCUCCUUCCGCCGCCAUCCUUCACCCCGGAGCCCGCAAACCUGCAAAGAUGAGCUUCACUGUGGAAGAGAGGGGCAACCCCAACUCCCUGAGCUACCGCUUGUUCUUCAAGAAUGCAGAGGGAAAGUAUGUUUCACCAUUCCAUGACAUACCAAUAUAUGCUGAUGAGAGUCAGAACAUCUUCCAUGUGGUUGUCGAAGUACCAAGGUGGACAAAUGCAAAGAUGGAGAUCGCUACAAAAGACCCCUUGAACCCAGUAAAGCAAGAUGUGAAGAAGGGCAAGUUGCGAUUUGUUGCCAAUGUUUUCCCACAUAAGGGCUACAUUUGGAACUAUGGAGCCAUUCCUCAGACAUGGGAAGAUCCCGCACACAAAGAUGGAGACAUCGGCUGCGGCGGCGACAACGACCCCAUUGACGUCUGCGAGAUCGGCACUAAGGUGUGUUCCCGCGGGGAGGUAAUCAAAGUCAAGGUGCUCGGGGUCCUGGCCAUGAUCGAUGAGGGUGAGACUGAUUGGAAAGUGAUUGCAAUUAACGUAGAGGACCCUGAAGCUAACGACUUUAACAACAUCAGUGAUGUCCAGCGCCUGAAACCUGGUUACCUGGAAUCCACGGUCGACUGGUUCAGGAGGUACAAAGUGCCUGAUGGGAAGCCAGAGAACCAGUUUGCUUUCAACGACGAGUUCAAAGACAAGGACUUUGCCAUUAAAGUAAUCAAGAGCACUCAUAACUUUUGGAAGGCCCUAAUUUCCCAAAAGACCAAUGCUGGUGAACUGAACUGCAAAAACACGUGUGUCUCGGCCAGUGACAGCCCUUACUGCUGUACGGUGGAGGAGGCUAAAGCUGUUGUUGGUGAAACCAGUCCUUGUGGAAAAGAAGAACCCAUCCCCUCAUCAGUGGAUAAAUGGUUCUACUACGAGAGGAAGUAAACCAGGAGCGGUUUGGAUUGGAGCAGAGUGAAAGGCUCAUCUCUCAUACUGGAAGAUGGUCUUACCAAUGGGAACCAAUGGGAUGACAGGAUGGGAUCUGGAUGGUUGGGUCUGGGCUGGCUGUUUACCAGUAGAUGAAGAAAUACUGUACUGUAGAAACAUUUAAAAAGUACUCAAAUCAUGACCAAUUCAUUUCUUAUUUAACAAAGAUCUCUUUGGAGAUGUGCUGUCAUAAAGAAAUUACAAGAUCUAUUCUUGUAGGUACUUGUGUCAUCAUGUUUGAAUCUGAGCUGCUUUAAUAAAGCUUCUCUGGUUAAAUUAUUAU